AUGUCUGGCAGUGUGGAUGUCGUCCCAUACAAUGGCAUCACAGGUGUAGCCGACCCUGGAUAUUCCACGGGUGAGAGCAACCUGAACGUGUUCUACGAGAGUGGUGACUUUGCCUGGAUCCUCUCAUCAUCGGCACUCGUGCUUCUCAUGAUACCGGGCGUCGGCUUCUUCUACUCGGGACUUGCUCGACGCAAGUCCGCCCUCUCGCUCAUCAUGCUAUCCAUGUUGUCGGUCGCAGUGGUGUCUUUCCAGUGGUUCUUCUGGGGCUACAGCUUGGCCUUUUCGCACACCGGCAGCGCGUUCAUCGGAGACCUGAGUAACUUUGGAUUAAUGAAGACGCUCGCUCAGCCUUCCGUAGCAACCCCUAAGCUCCCUGAUCUUAUGUUCUGCCUGUUCCAGGGCAUGUUCGCUGCCAUUACUCCUGCCCUCGCUAUUGGUGCGGCUGUUGAUCGUGCGCGCAUCCUACCUUGCAUCGUCUUCAUUUUCGUCUGGUCUACGAUUGUAUACGACCCUAUCGCCUCUUGGACCUGGAACCCGAACGGAUGGUCGUUCAAGCUCGGCGGUCUCGACUUCGCUGGUGGCACACCAGUGCACAUCUCUUCUGGCGCUGCAGCUCUCGCUUUCUCCAUCAUGCUAGGCAAGCGCACCGGAUACGCCAAGUCUGCAGGUCUUCCAUACCGACCUCACAAUGUAACGCACAUCGUGCUCGGCACCGUUUUCCUCUGGGUCGGAUGGUUCGGCUUUAACGGUGGCUCUGCCCUCGCGUCCAAUCUUCGUGCCAUCAUGGCCUGCAUUGUCACCCACAUUGCCGCUUCCGUCGGAGCUAUAACCUGGACCCUCCUUGACUACCGUCUCGAGAAGAAGUGGUCCGUCGUCGGUUUUUGCUCAGGCGCCAUCUCCGGCCUCGUGGCUAUCACACCAGCCUCUGGUUUUGUUGCCCCUUGGGCCGCCGUCAUUUUCGGCGUCGUCGGUGGAAUCGGCUGCAACAUCGCCACGAAAGUCAAGUUCCUCAUUGGCGCUGAUGAUGCCCUUGAUAUCUUCGCAGUGCACGGUAUCGGUGGUAUCAUUGGAAACCUACUCACUGGGCUUUUUGCCGCUGACUACAUAGCAGCGCUCGAUGGGUUCUCCGUCAUCCCCGGUGGCUGGAUCAACCACAACUACAUCCAACUCGCUUACCAGCUCGCCGAUUCAGUUGCUGGUUUCUCGUACUCGUUCGUCCUGACCUGCGUCAUUCUAUUCUUGAUGAACUUGAUUCCUGGCCUGAGCCUCCGCGUCAAGCCUGAGGAGGAGGACAUCGGCAUCGAUGACAUUCAGCUCGGCGAGUUCGCGUACGACUACGUCGAGCUGCAGCGACACACCAGUGACAUCAUGACUUCGCAUAGCGAGAACGAGCGUACCGGCUCUUCGAAGGGCAGUGUCCCGGAGAAGACUCCCGAAACCAUGGUCUAAUUCCACAACCACGGACGAGUAGAAAAUGUUUUUUGAUGUUGUUCGAUCUUCUCGGCGUGAAGAUUAGAGGAUAUACCACUUGUUUUUUUGUUGCGGGCAAUGCCCCAAAGUGUCAAUAUAAAUCUCGCAUAAUACCUGUAGUCAAUUAUACCAAACCCUGAACAAAGUUGCAGUUAGACAGACACACACAAUCAUUUGAUCACACCAUCCAUGCUGCUUGCCUCUCGUGAAUCAUAACGACCUACCUACGACGAGAGUAGCUUAGCUUGUGUCACAUCCAAGUUCAUCAGCUCGAGCAAUGUCCUCACUCUUCAACCGAGUCGCAGUAGCAACCACUCCGUCUCAGACAUGAUUGCCCUGCCACAUGGAAGUGAAACCAGAUCUCAUGCGCAUGCCAGACAGGCGAGCGAGACUGAGGAAUUGAUUCAAUCGUCAAGGCAACCAUCAUCUGUGCUAAUGGCGCAAACCAGAGCAACGCACUUGACACUGGAGACAACAGCGACGGCGCGACGAUGGGCGAUGAUACCCGACAACGACACGAAACAAAAUAAUUCAGAGAAGAUGAGAUGUAGUCGGACAGAGGACUAGGCAAGUACCUAAAACGGUUGAGGCUCUUUCCCAAGCGCGUU